CAGUUGAGGAGCCGUUGUUCAAACCCAUAGGAAUUUGAAAAUUCAAAUCAGUCCGGCGAACAACGAACACUGAGCUGGAAACGACGGGGAAGUAGAAGGGCCGAUGCUGAAGCUAACUAUGGAGAAGGGGCCGCUAGCCGGCCAAGCCGUUGAAUUGAAACCCGGAAUUUCCGUUCGGGUCGGCCGGGUUGUACGGGGAAACAAUCUCACCAUUCAAGAUUCCGGCAUCUCCUCCAAACACCUCACCAUCGAAUUCAACUCCUCCGACGGCGGGAAAUGGUUCAUCCGCGACCUCGGAUCCUCAAACGGCACCUUUCUCAACGACGGCAAGCUCGAUCCGUCCUGCCCCGCUUGCCUCUCCGACUGUGACGUCAUCAAAAUCGGCGAGCUAACUUCUAUCAAGGUUCAGAUAGGAGAUGCCGCCCGCGCUCGUACUAGGUCAAGGCGAAACGCCGGUAGGAAAGCGGCAACUGACGCCGCAAUAAGCGAUGCGGCGGCGGAGAAUUGCGAAUUAGGGUUAGUGAGUGAAGAUGACAACCGCGCAUCUUCUAGGCCAAGGCGAAACCCUAGGAGGAAAGCGGCCACAGACACCACAACAAGCGAUGACGGAAAUGCGGCAGUGAAAUGUGAAUUAGGGUUAGUGAGUGAAGAUGCCAACCGCGCAUCUUCUAGGCCAAGGCGAAACCCUAGGAGUAAAGCAGCCACAGACACCGCAACAGCCGACGACGGCGAUGCGGCUGAGAAAUGUGAAUUAGGGCGAGUGGAUGAAGAAUUGGGGAAUAAUAACAAGGGGAAGACGGGGAGGCCUCCUCGUCCUCGUACUCGGACUCAGGCUCAGAGGGACAGUGAAAGCGUCAAGGCCGAACUUCAACCUGAGGGUACUGGAUUGGAAAAUGCAGGCAUUAGUAUGACAAGGAGCUCGAGCAAGGCAGAGAAUUUCGAUGGUGGGGCUUCUCAGGUUGAAACUGAUGACAUUGAGAUAGUAGAGAAUUCGAGUGCCAUUGAAACAGUGGCACAAUUUGCAGAUGAAAAUGGUGAUCAAAGAAGGACUAGGAAUGCCCGGGGGAGAGGAAGAGGAAGAGGAAACAGGGAACUAAGAAACCUUGUUCCAAUUGAGCAGCCUCUGACGAAGCCAAAAAGGGUCACCAGAAGCAAAAAACAGAUCAAUUUACAGGCAGAGAGUGUUACCACGGAAGAAGAGGAGGGAGCAGCAAAAAUGUCAAUAUCUAAGGAGCACGCACAAUGUAAAGUUGAGGCAAUUCGGAGCAUGGAGGAGGAACGGCAAGUGGAAGGAUAUAAUGCAGUGGAGGAGCUGGUGAAUCUCAGAGAAGAAGGUAACAACGGUGUAUUAAAUACCUCUGGUGCAAACAAGGACAAAAAUGGUGUUUUGGAGCGAGCUAAAUGUCAAGAUGAAUCAAUUCAGCAUAUGGAGGAGGAUGGGCAAGUAGAAGGGAAUCAUACAGUGGAGGAGCAGCUAACUUUUGAGGAAGAAGCCUGCCAAGGUUUACCCAAUGUGUCCGGUGGAAACAUGGGCAAACCUGAUGUUGAAGAAGUGAACUUGGAAAUUUUGACUCUAGGAGAGUGGCUCGAUUAUUUGGAGAUUUAUGUCCCAAAACAAAUAAUUGAUGUCACAGAGGAGAUGAUAUUGGAAAUGAGAAAAAAGGCCGAGAAAUUGCAAGAAUUUAUGCUGCAUCAGAAGAACGCCAAGGAGAACACGUAGCAGUUAUGGAGUAGACUGCAUAUCACGGUGGUUGGUAAAUGCGUUUUAAAUUUAACAUGGACAUAUUAGAUCUUAAUUCAAAUGUGUCAUGCUCAUAGGAUUAUCUUCUUAUAAUCCUUUGAUUCACUUUACGCCCAGUGUUUGUUCUCCUAUUUGUACUUGGUAACAAAAACUUUUGUAUUUUAACCAUUGUCCUAUAUACAUUGUCUUUCUCUCAAAAUGCUCUAAGCUUAAAUUGUUACCAAAAAAAAAAAAAAGAAGAAAAAAAGAAGAAAACAGUUGAGAAUUCACAAAUGGUGUGGAUAGCUUAUUCAAUUUCCCAAAAACACAUCUGAACAUGACAAUUGGUAUGGGCCACAUUCUCCCUGUGCUAAGCAAGGACUCAGGAGAUCUUUUUCAAGAACACACAGAGAAAGUGAAGUGUCUAAGGGGCAUUUUGCAGUUUAUUUUGGGGAAGGGAAGAGAAGGAAUUUGUCAUUCCAGUUUGAUAAGGACCCUUCACUGAAUUUGGAUUCGAUCAUCCAAUGGGUGGACUCACAAUACCUUGUAUGGAGGAUACCUUCUAACAGCAAAAAUGUUAAGUACAUAGAAACAGAGAAGGAGAAGUGCGUUUCUUUCCAUCCAUAAAGGCAAUUUCAUCAACCAUAAAUUAGAGGUGUCAGAGCAGCAUCAGAGUUACGUUACUUGUGCUUAGCAACAAUCAUCUUCACCUUCUAAUUUGCUGCAAUCAUCACACACCAAUCCCCGUCGCAGGACGUCCCCAUUGCAAGCUGCCCGCCCUUUGCUUACUGUUGUAGCCUGUAGGUCAUCCCUCACUAGUUGUUCAUUGGCCAUUUGCCGCUCGCCAAAUCUAAUAAGCAACAGUGUAGCUGUGAGCGGCAUGGAAGCUGAGAAAGUUUUGAUGGAUUACUACAUUCCUGAUUACAUACUUUUGCCCAGAAUAGAAGUAACUGUGAAUCAUGACUUACCUGCUUGACCUGUCAAAGUGCUUAUCAAUUUUAAAAGUGGUGGCCAGCUUGGGGGUGAACUUCUGUUGACAUAUCGCACUCUUCUCAACCAAAAUCAGGGUUAUGACUUGCAAGAAGGACUCCCGACAAGGUCCGACACCAGGUUUAUUCCAACUUGGAAAAGCAUAAGCAAAAUGGAGAUAGCUAGUCUUUGGAAAUUGAUAAAAGACUGAGAAUCAUUGUUGCAGGCGGGGAUGAAACCACUAGCUAGCUUCUUGGAGUGGUUUCAGAUCUUAAAAUAGCUUGUUUAUACUUCACAGUGGAAAAAAUCUUGGUACAGACUGCAGUUCUCUGUGAAAGCCUUCUUGGAUCAAGUAAGGAAUGCAAAAGAGAUGAGAGUUGACAGCUGGCAUAUUCUUAUGUGAAUGAGGGCUCCUAUUGAAGGUUCUUGUGACCCUAUUGCGCCUCUUGAGCUGCCACAUUCAAUGCAUGUGUUUAAGGGGGCGUCUCAAGCAGAUGCAUUAAAUGAGUGUUGUAGGUCCUUGCUUCUAUUCUAGGAUGGAAAGACAUAAUUACUAGGGGAUUGUAGAGGGGAUGAAGCUAGAUAGGGGAUACAUCUCUCCAUAUUUCAUUACAAACCAGAAGAACAGAAAUGUGUAAGUUUUCAUGGUUGGUAUACUAUUGCAAUUAUUAUUUACAUGCAAAACAUAAUUCUUCAUAAAUACUUGCUUACAACUCUAUUGUGAAAAUCUCAAGCAUAAAUGCUAUUGUCAAAAUCUUGGAGUUGGCUUUGAAGGUAUCAGAUUCAUCAAUCUUUACCGGGGAGUGGAAAGAAAUAUUCAUCUUAAAUAAAGCUGGAAAUCUCUUGCAUAAGAGCAUCACGUUGAAUGAAAUACAAUGUUGCGUUAUAUUUUUCAUAUAACACAUACUUUUUAGUUAUAAAUGGAAUUUAAUUAAUAUGUAGACUAUUGUGUUUGAAUAUUGUUAAAUGUUACUCGUAUUAUUUGACAAGUAUUAUUUACAAUUGAUUUUUUUAAUA